CAGAACCGAACAGAACAGAACAGGAAGUCUGAUCUAAGGCGAAGGCCCAAUAUUUGUUAUUGUUGAGGUGGCGUGUUUUUUGCAUGGUCAAUUCCUUAUGACCGGCGUAUAAUUGAUUUUUAAUAUUUGAUAAAAACAACUUGUCAGUUAGAAAGUGUUAUUUUAAAUGAAGUAGAAUUGUAGUUUUUCCCUGUCAUAUCCGACAUAAUGCUGACGUGACAGUUGGAAAAACCGACAAGGAAGAUCCGGACAACAACGCACAGUAACCGUCCAGCAUGGAGGGUGUUCUUUUGAAAUGGACAAAUUACUUCUCAGGUUGGCAGCCACGAUGGUUUGUUCUCAGUAAUGACAUUUUAUCCUAUUACAAAUCACAAGAAGAAAUGGUGAAUGGAUGUAAAGGAUCUAUAAGAAUGGCCACCUGUGAUAUAAGAGUUCACCAAACAGAUCAUUGUCGACUAGAUCUCAUAAUUCCUGGAGAACAACAUUUCUAUGUUAGAGCUGCCACAUCACAGGAGCGGCAACAGUGGCUUGUGGCAUUAGGAUCUGCUAAAGCUUCUCAAAAAAAUGCGAGAAAACCUGAUGAUACUGUUGUUAAUAGAGGAGAUGUUUCACCAGAUUUAUUAAGAACAAAGAAAUCAGAAUUACGAUUAUAUUGUGAUUUGUUAAUGCAACAAGUUCAUUCAGUUAAGAGUACAAUACAAGAAAAACAAGACAUUCAGAAGUUGGAAGAAGCCAGCUCACUUUUGGGACCAACAUGUGACACAUUUAUACAGACAUUGGAAGAAUGCAUGGCAUUAGCAAAAGCUGGGGUGGGGAUGGAGUCGGGAAUACUGAGUUCUCCAAUCCAUUCCACUAAAUCAUUACCAUCUCUACCUUUACACAUUCCAAAAAAAAAGAUAAAGCCUGGACUGCAUAGAACAGUUUCUCAUGAUUCGACAUCACCAAGAGCUCGUGCAGGAAGUGAUUCCCCUUCAACAAAGGACCAUAACUCAUCCAGACAAAGGACCACAUCAGAAUCAUCACUUACAAAUCAUUCCAUAGCAGAAAUAGACAUAUCUGGAGAUAAAUCCAAUUCAAUUAAUGUAUCACUAAAUUCAUCUCAUAAUAAUUCUGUUAGCGUAGAUCAAAAGGACCAUUCUUUACAACAUGAUAAUAUACCAGAAAAAAUUUCAUCAAUAGACCGGUUAAAACAAGACACAAAUUUAAACAAUGUUGAAUCAAUGUCAAGUUCCAGUGUCAACAGUGAAGAGGAUUUCAAGGAUGCUAUUGAUGCUAAAAUUCCUACUUUUUUCUCCACAAUGGAUACAAGUUUCAUGGACCUCCACUUGGAUACUGAUGGAAGCAUUCCAGUAGAAGAAUUCCUUCUGGCAGCAAAGUCUAUUUUACCUUUGUUUGAUAAGUUUAAUGCUACAGCCUUUGCUCCAGUGAAGAUGGAUUUCCAAGGCAACAUUAGGAAAAUUCAUCAGAAAUAUUCGACCAAUACAGCAGGAUUUACUACACUGCAGAAAAUAGUGCUAUCAGAACUCAACAAGAAACAACAUCUUCUCUCUAAUUCAGCCACAAUGGCGUUACUUUGGAUGAAAAGAGGUUUGGAGUUUAUCCGAGAGUUCCUGUAUGAGAUUAUACGAGGAGAGCCUGACUUAUCACAAGCUGUGACCAGUGCCUACAGUAAAACAUUAAGGAAUUUUCAUGGUUGGGUUGUACGUGGAGUCUUUGCUGUUGCUGCCAAGGCUUUGCCUUACAGAGAUGUGUUCAUAUCCAAUUUGUCUGUACCAGGAGAGGAAGAUACUGGAACAUUGUAUCAACAGUCAUUGAUGUCUGAUAUAGAACAGUAUAUUACAGCUAUGGAUGUUGUCAUCAAAAUUCUCAAUGAUUUUUAUAAAUUGCAUGAUUUAAAUUCCGAUGAUACUGUGUAAUGAAAAACAAUUAAGGGGCAAUAACUUGAAAGGGAUAUAAGUUCCAUGAGUUAAAUUCCCAAUGAUACUGUGCAGUGCAAUACAAAUAAGGAAGAAUAACUCUAAAAGGAGAUAAAUUACAUGAUUUAAAUUCCAAUGAUUCUAUGUCAUGCAAAACAAUUAAGGGGUAUAACUCUAAAGGGAGAUAAGUUACAUGAUUAUAAUUCUAGGAAACAGUUAAUUGGGAUAGCUCUCAAGAGAGAUAAGUUACAUGAUUAUAAUUCUAGAAAACAAUUAAGGGGUAUAACUCUAAAGGGAGAUAAGUUACAUGAUUAUAAUUCUAAGAAACAAUAAAUAGGGAAAGCUCUAAAGGGAGAUAAUUUACAUGAUUAUAAUUCUAGGAAACAAUUAAUAGGGAAAGCUCUCAAGAGAGAUAAGUUACAUGAUUAUAAUUCUAGGAAACAAUUAAUAGGGAAAACUCUAAAGGGAGAUAAGUUACAUGAUUAUAAUUCUAGGAACAGUUAAUGGGGAUAGCUCUAAAGGGAGAUAAGUUACAUGAUUAUAAUGCUAGGAAACAGUUAAUGGGGAUAACUCUAAAGGGAGAUAAGUUACAUGAUUAUAAUUCUAGGAAACAGUUAAUGGGGAUAACUGUAAAGGGAGAUAAAUUACAUGAUUAUAAUUAUAGGAAACAGUUAAUGGGGAUAACUCUAAAGGGAGAUAAGUUACAUGAUUAUAAUUCUAGGAACAGUUAAUCGGGAUAGCACUAAAGGGAGAUAAGUUACAUGAUUGUAAUUCUAGGAAACAGUUAAUGGGGAUAACUCUAAAGGGAGAUAAGUUACAUGAUUAUAAUUCUAAGAAAUAGUUAAGGGAGAUAGCUCUAAAGGGAGAUACGUUACAUGAUUAUAAUUCUAGGAAACAGUUAAGGGGAAUAGCUCUAAAGAGAGAUAAGUUACAUCAUUAUAAUGCUAGGAAACAGUUAAUGGGGAUAACUCUAAAGGGAGAUAAGUUACAUGAUUAUAAUUCUAGGAAACAGUCAAGGGGGAUAACUCUAAAAUGUCAUUUGAUAAGGAUUUUAAAGCAUUCUGAAUUUAAAACACCAUUUUACAUAGAAUCAAUGAAGACUGAGUAUUACAGUGCCGAUAAAGUACUAAAAUACCAUCUCAUAAUCAUUAACAUAGUUUUUAAAUUAAAAGCUGAAGACAUCAGUUAUGUAUUAGAUAUAUCUUCUUGAAUCUAGACAUUCAAUUCAAAUAAAACAAUCAAAACUAAAUGGCAGGAAUAUUGUUUACCAUAUAGCCAUCCUAUUUUGUAUCCUUAAAGUUACAUAAUGUAAGUGCAUAAUUAGAGAUGAAUUUGUGAAAAAUGAAUAAUUAUAUUCCAUCUCUUGUCAACAACUAAAGGUUAAAACAAGUUCCUUUGAUGGUUAAAACUACAAAUCAGACAUUUUUUAAAGCUGAUUCUGUAGUAAUACUUUUUAAACAAGGGAAGUAACUCAAGAUGUAAAACUUACAAAUUGUUUUCAAUUCUUUGAAAUAGCAAUAAUUUAUAAAGGUUUAGAAAUUUUUUAAAAAGUAUAAACAUGCUUCAGGAUUUCAUGACUAGUUAGAAUAAGUAACCUCCUUUGUUAGAAAGAUACCAAACUAUAGUUCUUUAGAAUAGCCUUAUUGUCUGUUUAUCAUUUCAUCAUUUAAGACAAUAAUUUAAAAUUUGUCCAACAGAUCUUCAAAACUAUGAAAAUUCAUGUAUGGGAUCAACAAAAUUUGUGAAAAUUAUUGUCCUAACUGUUGAUGAAAAUUGUGCAAUUAUUUAUAAUAUAAUGAAUUUACAGUUUACUUUUGGAGAUAGAAUUUGCAUAAAAAAAUCAUCUUAUAAUGCCUUAUCAUGUCAUUAUGAUGCUACUUAAUGUGCAAUUUGACUUUAUUUCUGCAUAAUCAUUUGUAUUUACACAAAAUUAUGAAAUGUGUUGAUGUAAUUGGUAUCAAAGUUUUGAGAGUUCCCUGUUCAUUUGAAAUACAAGGUGCAUAUCCAUAUCAAUGAAUGUUUAUAUUGGAACACAAAAUUUCCAUCCAGUAAUCAAUGAUAUUUUGUUUCUAGUGCAGAAAAUGCAAAAAAUUAAAAAUGAAGAUGUUUCUGAAAAAGAUAAGCUCUUCAUUUGAAAUCUUAUCGAUCAAUAUUACAUUAAAAGAAUAGAAACUGUUUACAUCUUUGAGUAUCUGAAACCUUGAAUUUAGCUUUUUGUUUGUAACUUUAGGAAUGAAUUUUUUUUGUCGAUUAUACCUUAUGGAUUCAGAAUAAUGUAAAAACCAUGAACAUAGGACUUAGCUAUGUGUAUAUGCAUGCAUUGGUUCAUGCAUUGGUUCAAUAAUUUCCUUAGCUUUAUAAUCGCCAGAAUUUUGUUCUACAUACUUUUAUAAUACAAUUCUCUUGAUUUACUCAUGAAAUUCUGUAAUCUGAAUGAAAAAAUUUUGUCUAAUUGCUAGAAUUAUUAAAUCAUCAUUUACAAGUUUGUGUUUGUCCCUAGAUAAGUGCUGAAAGUUAUUUGGCAAUUUUGAAUUGUAAAUCAAUAUGUUCUAAACUUCUUAACUAAUUACAAAUUUUCAGAUAUUUCCCAAGUUUCUAGAAUUUCUGGUUUUAGAUAUAGUGAAUGUUCAAGCUUCAGUUUCUAAACCAUAAAUGUGCCAGAUGUGGUGUGUUUGUCAGGUUUUAUUGUGAUUUAUGUAGACCAACAAAUAGUAUGUGGUUAAGUUUUCUAUAUUUAAAAAAAGGUAGAUAAGUAAGAAAAUAUUUUGUAUUGCUCUCCCUUUUUUGAACUCUUAGAAGUAGAGGAGAACAUAUUUUAACAUGUAUCAUAUAUAAAGGGACCAAAUAAAGGUUUUGAAUCAUUUUACAAUAUACAUCAUGGAUUGGAAAUACUGUCUAGGCAAUCAAUGUAAGGUACAACGGCAAAAAAAAGAGGCUGGUUAAAAAUUAGCUUAAGGAAAAGCAGGAAAUUAAGGUUGUCUUGUCAUAAUUGUUAAAAAAAAGUGUUGUAGUGCUUAGUAAGCAUGGUUUAUGCAAAUAUUGCAAGAAUUAUAAAAUUCUUCAGAUGAAAUUUUAGAUAGUUUUCUCUUGAAGAAGAGGAAUUGAAACCAUCUUCAACACUAAUCAUUUUUAAGUCUUUGUCCAAUGAUAAAAUAAAUUUUAUUAAUUUGGCAACUGUUUUCCAUGGGAUCAGCUGACUUGCGCAUUUGGUUUUUCAUUAUGUUUUUUUUUAAUUUUUAUACGACCGCAAAAAAAUUUUUGUGGUCGUAUAUUGGUAUGACGUUGGCGUCGUCGUCGUCGUCGUCGUCGUCGUCGUCGUCCGGCGUCGUCGUCCGAAUACACAUUAGUUUUCGCACUCUAACUUUAGUUUAAGUGAAUGGAUCUCAAUGAAAUUUUACCAUAAGGUUCAAUACCACAAAAGGAAGGUGGGGAUUGAUUUUGGGGGUUAUGGUACUAACAGUUAAGGAAUUAGGGGCCAAAAGGGGCCAAAAAUAAGCAUUUUUGUAACUUCCAGACAUAACUUGUGUGUAAGUGUAUGGAUCUCUCUGACAUUGUACCACAAGGUUCCAUAUCACAAAGGGAAUGCUGGGAUUGAUUUUGGGGGUAAUUGCCUCCAAAUUUUAGGAAUUAGGGGCCAAAAAGGGGCAAAAAACAAGCAUUUUUCUAGUUUCAUGACAAUAACUUGUUUGUAAGUGUAUGGAUCUUUAUGAAAUUGUACUACAAGGUUCCAUAUCACAAAGAGAAUACUGGGAUUGAUUUUUGGGGUAAUUUCCUCCAAAUUUUAGGAAUUAGGGGCCAAAAAGGGCAAAAAACAAGCAUUUUUCUAGUUUCAUGACAAUAACUUGUUUGUAAGUGUAUGGAUCUUUAUGAAAUUGUACUACAAGGUUCCAUAUCACAAAGGGAAGGCUGGGAUUGAUUUUGGGGGUUUUCCCUCAAAAUUUAGUAAUUAGGGGCCAUAAAAGGGCAAAAAAAACAUGCAUUUUUCUGGUUUCAGGACAAUAACUUGUGUGUAAGUGUAUGGAUCUUUAUGAAAUUGUACUGCAAGGUUCCAUAUCACAAAGGGAAAGCUGGAAUUGAGUUUGGGGGUAAUUGCCCUAAACGUUUAGGAAUUUGGGGCCAAAAAACAAGCAUUUUUCUAGUUUCCAGACAAUAACUUGUGUUCAAGUGUAUGAAUCUCUCUGAAAUUGUACUGCAAGGUACCAUACCACAAAGGGAAAGCUGGGAUUGAGUUUGGGGGUGAUGAAUCAUAAGGGGGUUCAAAAAAUUGGGGGGGGAUUUUUUUUUUCCUUUUUUUUCUUUAACAUUUUCCAUUUUAAAUUGGUUAUUUCUGAUUUAUAUAUAAAAGCAAAUAAUAAUGAUAUGGUUUGAAUAGGCAUACAUGUGAACCUCCCGACGGGAGUACAAUAAUCCCGUUUUCAGGGGUCUCCUCCCGACCUCCCGUUGAAGAGGAAAAAAUCCCGUGUAUGAAAUUUUUCAUGAAUGAAAAAUUUCUGCCCAACAUAUCAUCUCAGGCAUCUGGUGUAACUGACAUUACCUGAAGUUAUAUUUUACCUGUGAAUCAAUUAACAUGCAUAAUUAUAUGGCUUCACUUGUCAGCUUGGGUGUCAAACAUACUGGUAAUCAACGAUUUUUACCUCAGGCUAACUGCCGUUGUGUAACAAAAACUGUGUAUUUAUUGGGUUACUUCCCUUGAUUUAUCCUGUUUUAAGUUACUUUCCUUUUAAUAAUGAAAAUUUAUAAAAGAAUAUAAAUAAAAUAUAAAUUGAACAAAUAAUCAUAAAAGGAUGGUUAUUAAAUGAUUUUAAAUGUCUUAGGACAAAUAAAAAAAUAAUAAUUUGAAAAUUAUUUGAGGAUUCUAUACUUCCUUUCAAGGCUUAAAUUGAAAUUUAUAUAAUAACUAUGACCCUAAUUUUACAGAUAGAAUGAUUUUCUGAGUUUGCAAAUAAAAACUAUUUGCAAGAGAAAAAAAAAUAAAUAAAAACUUUUUGCAGAUAGCUAAACAAAUGUUCUGGUUGCAAUGAUUGUUUAAUAGAAUAUGAAGUAAAAAAUUUAAAGAACAUACUGGAAAAAAACAAUGUUAGAUUGAACAUGUAGAAUAUAAAGAUGGAGAAACUUUAUAAGUACAAGGGUACUAUAAACAUAAUAAAUUGGAUGGAAAGUUGAAGAAAACACACUUUAAAAGACCAUUUUUACAGCACACGGUUACAUUUACAACAAAAUUAAUGUCGAUUAAAAACCUCCUGAUCUGAGUCCUAAUCUCCUGACCAAAAUUUCCCAAUCUCCUGAUCUGAGUUUCAUAGUCCAUCACAUGUAUGAAUAGGUAAAUUGAAAAUUUUUAAGUUCUUAGACCACUUUCAUUCUGUGUCAGAAACCUAUGCUGUGUCAAAUAUUUAAUUACAAUCCAAAUUCAGUGCUGUAUCAAGCUUGAAUGUUGUGUCCAUACUUGCCCCAACUGUUCAGGGUUCGACCUCUGCGGUCGUAUCAAGCUGCGCCCCAGCGGAGCAUUUUAUUUGUUUUAUGUUGUUAUUUUGUGAUAUGAUUGUGCAAAUCCUGUAGUUAUUUAUUUGUGAAUGUCUGAUGAAUGAAAAUAAAAGACGAAAACAAAUGUGAACAUUAAAAAUUAUUUGGGGCUAUGAUGGUAAUGGAAAACGUUUCAGUUUAUGGUUAUUCCACUAAAAUGGAUGUGGGAGGGUAGGAAGUACGGUUUUAUUUUGGGACAUUUGUUGUGAGACAUUUUUUGUGAGACAUUUGUGAUUGUAAGUCUGUUAGAUGUAUGCAAAGUUACUUAUAGGAAGCAUAUAGAUUGUGGGAGAAUAUUAAAGUCCUAUACCCAUUUUGAUGGAAUAGCCCUCAUGCCUCUGAAUGUUUUGUGUGCUUUGUAAAGCUGUGUUCAGUUUUGGUUAUAUUUUAAUUGAAAUGGCACCUUUUGAAUAUAAACUAUAUUUGUGAAGUUUUGCAUUAUUUCUUUAUAUUUCACAUAAAAAGUUAAAUUACAAAAAUAUAUGGUUAAACUCUGAAACAGAGCUUUAUCCAAUCGUUUACUGUGUAUCACAGAUGUUCCUUCCAUUAAUACAAUUUGAUUGCAGUUGUGCACUGUUUUAUUUUACUGUGGAUUCAUUAUCAGGGGAUUCCAAUUUUUUGUGGAUUGAGGAAAAAUUAUAUCUUCUGGACACUUGGUUUUAUGGUUUGACAAAUUCUGCAUACAAACCUAAAGGAAAUUUGUCCUUUGCUGAACAAUGUAAUCCACCCAUCCACACAGUCGAUCAACAUUAUAAUCUAACAAAUAAACUGUUUAUCAAUAUAAGUAGAUACAGUAUCUGUAUUAUUGCUAAUUGUCUGAUUAAAUGGUCACAAGUUGUUUGAUUUAAAAUAAUGUUUCUGUUUUAGAAGCUGUUAAUUUUAUUAUACAUGUUAGUUUUUGUUAUUAUAUUUGUUAAAAAGUUUAUACAAUAUAUAAUUAUAUAACACUGAAAUAAGUUACUAAAUUGUUUUUUGGUAAUACGCAUUGUAUUACAAAAUUUAAAUUUAUGGCAUUGAUGUACUAUAAUGACAUUAUGUUAAGUUUAACAUCAGAGGCAAUAUUGAUAGAGUUGCCAUAAGUCAAUGUUAUGUCUACUUGAGUUCCUUGAUCUUACAAGUUGUAUUCAACUGUUAAAAUAAACCUUUAUCAUGAGUGAAUUCAAAUGUGAUUGAACUGCAAUUUUAAUAAUCUUGAAAUGGACUUUUAACUGACAUUUAGUUUACAUAAUGUUGAGAAUUAGGAACUGAAUCUGUAUCCUUUGUCUUAGGUUAACUUCAGGUUAACUUCAGGUUAACUUGUGAAAAAGAAGAAAAAUUGCCAUUUGUUUUGUAAAAACUAAACAAAAAUGAUGCUUAAAAGUUAAAAAGGUUUCAUCACCAAGCAAUUCAUUUUGAACUAUCAAUUUUGAUUCAAAAACAUAUAAAGUUAAAGGUAGUUAAAAUUCUUUGAUACCAUGAAUAGCAGCAGACGACUGUUGUACUCAUGUGAAACUUUAUUCAGUAGUACAAAUUUAUUUUUGCAUAAGAAAUGGAGAAACUUUCAUGUGUUAAUGUUUAAUGAUGUUUGAAAAGAGAAUUCUGUAAAUUUAAAUGAGGCAGCAUCUCAACAACACAAAUAGACAAAACUAGACAUGUAGAGGUCACCAUAGAAUUUGGUUUGUGAAUGCUUGUCAUAAAAUAAAGGAGGAGGAAUGAUAAGAGCAAUUAUUUGGCCCCUGAAAAAAAAGUAAACUUAUUCAAGUCUUUCAAAGUUGUUUUAAUUUUAUUGAUAAAAGAAACUGUUGCUUUAAACAGAAAACUUUAAUGCAGAAUGGUAAUUUUUUAUGUUAUCAUUAUGUUUUUAACAAAUUUACCUAAAAUGACCAUUUCAGGCAUAGUUUUUGGUAGAAAUAUAUAUAAGCAAGAUCUUUACCCAAAAAGGUAUUUUUCACACAUUAAAAUCAUGAAAUACGUUUUGGAGCAAAAUAUCUUUUGGGUUCUAUCUUAUUAUCAAUGAAAGGAUCUCCAGAUAAGGCUUUUUUGUCAGGUAUUGUUGUUUUGCACUAAAUGUAAGAAGUUUGAAUGCCCUUAUUCCAAUACGCAAAACAAAUUUGAAAAAUAUUAAUACAAAUGUCAGACAGCCUAAUGUUUUAUGAACAUCUGAAGCAUGUUAUUUCGUAGAUAAUAAUAGUUUUUGAUUUUCAAUUUCAAGGGUAAAAAAAAGGUGGCCUUGUCAUACCUUCUCCUUUAUGACAUUAAGAGUCCAACACAGAUAUCUCCUUGAAUGUUGUAGAAUAUUCUCAAGUAUGUUUAAGAAUGGUUAUUCUUGAGGGUUAAUUUAUCUUAGAGGUGUGUAUUUUGAAAAUAAUUUAAUUGUUUAAAAAUAGAAAUAAUAAUAUAUUGAUAAAGGUUAAAAGGGUAGGGCUGCUUUCCCCUGUAUUUGUUUAAGUCACUGAGUCAGUUUUGGAAAGUUGAUGAACUCAAGUGAAAUUCAAAAAUUAGAUGGUGUGAAUGACAUAUUUUAGGAUUUUUCAACCCAUGUACAAAUAUCAAUGAAAUGAAAAUGUCAUUUAUUACUUGACAUUGUUGUUGAAGAUGAUAUUGAUUGUAAAUUUUAUGAUUUUUUGUCUCACGUAAAAAAGUGAGACUUUGGCAGUGUUUUGGCGUCAGUGGUGAGUCAAUAAUGUAUUAGUUCUUAAUUAGGUCAAGUUUAUGGUGAACCACUAGUGGUAGGUCAGUCAUAUUUGGUAUGCAGUUGUAUUAGCAUUGGCACAUCUCAUUUCCAUGGCGAAUUAUGUUGCCCCUCCCCCUAGUCAUGGUCUAUUGACUUAGAAACUUUUGCUUAGUUUACAUGUAUUAGUUUGUGAUUAUGUAAGUUUAAGGAGAACUGUUAGUGUUAGGUCACUGAUUUUUAGUGUGCAGUUGAAUAAGCAUUGGCACAUCUCAUUGCAUUAUGUAAAAUUGAGAAUGGAAAUGGGGAAUAUACAUGUUAAUGUUUGUGAUUAGAUCAGUUUAAGAUGAACGACUAAUAUUAAGUCAAUGAUAUUUGGUAUGCAGUUGAAUUGGCAUUUGCAAGUCUCAUUUCCAUGAAGGUUAUAUGGUCCCACCCCCUCAUUAUGGUUCAUUGACUUGGAAAUUUUUACAUACUGUAAAUUCGGAAAUUAUUGUCAGGUUUUUGUCUCGCCUUGACGGAGUCAAAAAGCGAGACAUAGGUAUGCUGUUUCCGGUGGCGGCAGGGCGGCGGCGUCAACAAUGUAUUAGUUUGUGAUUUGGUCUAGUUCAUGGUGAACCACUAGUGGUAGGUCAAUGAUAUUUGGUAUGCAGUUGUAUUAACAUUGGCACAUCUCAUUACCAUGAAGAUUAUUUGGCCCCACCCCCUCAGUCAAGGUCUAUUGACUUUGAAACUUUUCAUAGUUUACAUGUAUUAGUUUGUGAUGAGGUCAAUUUAUGGGGAACCACUAGUUGUAGGUUAAUGAUAUUUGGUAUGCAGUUGUAUAAGCAUUGGCAUAUCUCAUUUCCAUGGAGAUUAUUUGGCUCCGCCCCCCUUAGUCAUGGUCUAUAGACUUUGAAAAUUUUGCUAAGUUAACAUGUAUUAGUUUGUGAUUAGGUCAGUUCAAGGGGAACCAUUAGUGGUAGGCAGAUGUUAAUUGGUGUUCAGUUUUAUAAGCAUUAGCACAUCUCAUUUCCAUGGAGAAUAUUUGGCCCGCCCCCUCAGUCAUGGUCUAUUUACUUUGAAACUCUUGCUUAGUUUACAUGUAUUAGUUUGUGAUUAGGUCAGUUUAAGGGGAACUGUUAGGGGUAGAUCAAUGAUAUUUGGUAUGCAGGUAUAUAAGCAUUGGCACAUCUCAUUUCCAUGGAGCUUGUUUGGCUCCCCCCUACAGUCAUGGUUCAUUGACUUUGAAUGUUUUGUAUUAUGUAAAAUUGAGAAUGGAAAUGGGGAAUAUACAUGUUAAUGUUUGUGAUUAGAUCAGUUUAAGAUGAACGACUAAUAUUAAGUCAAUGAUAUUUGGUAUGCAGUUGAAUUGGCAUUUGCAAGUCUCAUUUCCAUGAAGGUUAUAUGGUCCCACCCCCUCAUUAUGGUUCAUUGACUUGGAAAUUUUUACAUACUGUAAAUUCGGAAAUUAUUGUCAGGUUUUUGUCUCGCCUUGACGGAGUCAAAAAGCGAGACAUAGGUAUGCUGUUUCCGGCGGCGGCAGGGCGGCGGCGUCAACAAUGUAUUAGUUUGUGAUUUGGUCUAGUUCAUGGUGAACCACUAGUGGUAGGUCAAUGAUAUUUGGUAUGCAGUUGUAUUAACAUUGGCACAUCUCAUUACCAUGAAGAUUAUUUGGCCCCACCCCCUCAGUCAAGGUCUAUUGACUUUGAAACUUUUCAUAGUUUACAUGUAUUAGUUUGUGAUGAGGUCAAUUUAUGGGGAACCACUAGUUGUAGGUUAAUGAUAUUUGGUAUGCAGUUGUAUAAGCAUUGGCAUAUCUCAUUUCCAUGGAGAUUAUUUGGCUCCGCCCCCCUUAGUCAUGGUCUAUAGACUUUGAAAAUUUUGCUAAGUUAACAUGUAUUAGUUUGUGAUUAGGUCAGUUCAAGGGGAACCAUUAGUGGUAGGCAGAUGUUAAUUGGUGUUCAGUUUUAUAAGCAUUAGCACAUCUCAUUUCCAUGGAGAAUAUUUGGCCCGCCCCCUCAGUCAUGGUCUAUUUACUUUGAAACUCUUGCUUAGUUUACAUGUAUUAGUUUGUGAUUAGGUCAGUUUAAGGGGAACUGUUAGGGGUAGAUCAAUGAUAUUUGGUAUGCAGGUAUAUAAGCAUUGGCACAUCUCAUUUCCAUGGAGCUUGUUUGGCUCCCCCCUACAGUCAUGGUUCAUUGACUUAGAAUGUUUUGCAUUAUGUAAAAUUGAGAAUGGAAAUGGGGAAUAUACAUGUUAAUGUUUGUGAUUAGAUCAGUUUAAGAUGAACGACUAAUAUUAAGUCAAUGAUAUUUGGUAUGCAGUUGAAUUGGCAUUUGCAAGUCUCAUUUCCAUGAAGGUUAUAUGGUCCCACCCCCUCAUUAUGGUUCAUUGACUUGGAAAUUUUUACAUACUGUAAAUUCGGAAAUUAUUGCCAGGUUUUUGUCUCGCCUUGACGGAAACAAAAAGCGAGACAUAGGUAUGCUGUUUCCGGCGGCGG